CGGGGUCAAGCUCCUGGAGGAAUUCGCGAACGUCGACUGCUCGUAUAACAUGACUCCCGAGGAGCUCAACACGAAGAUCUCGCUAUGCGACGCGUUGAUCGUGCGGAGCGGGACGAAGGUCGGUCGCAAGGUGUUCGAGUCGUCUCGUGGGCGGCUCAAGGUGGUCGGACGCGCUGGCGUGGGGAUCGACAACGUGGAUCUGAGCGCCGCCACGGAGUUCGGUUGCUUGGUCGUCAAUGCGCCGACGGCAAACACGAUCGCAGCCGCGGAGCACGGGAUCGCGCUAUUGGCGGCCAUGGCGAGGAACGUCGCUCAAGCUGAUGCUUCCGUCAAGGCUGGAGAGUGGAAGAGGAACAAGUAUGUGGGUGUUUCUCUUGUGGGCAAGACACUUGCAGUGCUGGGCUUUGGUAAGGUUGGAUCAGAAGUUGCUCGGCGAGCAAAGGGACUGGGCAUGCACGUCAUUGCUCAUGAUCCCUACGCCCCUGCGGACCGAGCACGUGCCCUCGGAGUUGAGCUAGUGAGCUUCGACGAGGCAAUAUCCACUGCCGAUUUCAUCUCCUUGCACAUGCCCCUUACCCCUGCAACGUCCAAGAUGCUCAAUGAUGAGACCUUUGCCAAGAUGAAGAAAGGGGUUCAUAUCGUAAAUGUUGCUCGUGGAGGUGUGAUCGACGAAGAUGCGCUCGUGAGAGCUCUUGAUUCUGGCAUUGUGGCUCAGGCUGCUCUCGAUGUUUUCACCAAAGAGCCACCCCCUCAGGACAGCAAGUUGGUGCUUCAUGAGAGGGUCACUGUCACGCCUCAUCUUGGAGCCAGUACGGUCGAGGCCCAGGAAGGAGUUGCUAUUGAAAUUGCCGAAGCUGUUGUCGGAGCUUUGAAAGGAGAGCUUGCUGCUACUGCCGUCAAUGCACCGAUGGUUCCUGCUAAGGUUCUCACCGAGCUGAAACCAUACGUAAUACUGGCUGAGAAACUAGGAAGACUGGCCGUACAACUUGUAGCCGGAGGGAGCGGCAUAAAGAGCGUGAAAGUCACAUACGCUUCCGCACGAGCCACCGACGAUCUCGACACCAGACUUCUUCGAGCAAUGAUCACGAAGGGAAUCAUCGAGCCAAUCUCCGACGUGUUCAUCAACCUUGUAAACGCCGACUACACGGCCAAGCAGAGAGGCCUAAGAAUCUCGGAGGAGCGAGUCCUCCUAGACGGGUCACCUGAAAACCCGCUCGGGGCCAUAACGGUUCAGCUCGGGAACGUAAAUUCAAGAUUCGCGAGCGCUUUAUCAGAAACAGGGGAGGUGAAGGUGGAGGGAAGGGUGAAGGACGGAGUGCCUCACCUGACAAAGGUGGGAUCUUUCGAAGUGGACGUGAGUCUAGAAGGGAGUAUCAUACUAUGCAGGCAAGUGGACCAGCCGGGCAUGAUCGGGACGGUCGGGAGCAUACUCGGGGAGGAGAACGUGAACGUGAGCUUCAUGAGUGUGGGGAGAAUAGCGCCGAGGAAGCAGGCCGUGAUGGCGAUCGGAGUGGACGAACCGCCCAGCAAGGAGACGUUGAAGAAGAUCGGAGAAAUCCCGGCCGUCGAGGAAUUCGUCUUCCUCAAGCUGUAGUUUGGUUAGGAAUAAUGGUUGUGGUUGUUCUUCAUUGAUUUCCGAUUUCAAGUCCUUUUUUUUUUAAAUCUUUAGAUGUUACCAAGUUACUGUUUUGGUAAUUGGUUUUGAAGGCUGUGUUAAAGGAUAUUUCGUGGUGACCAAACGGUUCUAUAUAAUUCGGUAUAUGUAAACCGAUUCUAUAUAA